AUGGCGGAAGGGCAGCACCACCACCAUCUCUUCCACCACAACAAGGAGGAACAGCCCACAGUCCCGGGAAACGAGAAAGAAAGGAAACACCACAAGCAUCUCGAAGAAGUUGGUGGACUUGGCGAUGCAGCUGCUGCUGCAUAUGCUCUGCAUGAGAAGCAUGAAGCUAAGAAAGAUCCAGGGCAUUCCCACAAGCACAAGGUUGAGGAAGAAAUUGCAGCAGCUGCUGCAGUUGGAGGUGGAUGA